AUGGGAAUGAUAGGGUUUCCAGGGCAGGCCGGAAACCACCACCACCAAGGCGGUGCAUCAUCCUCUAAGGCGGCGAUCGGGGAGCUGAAAACAACAAAAUUCUAUCAACAUGAGCAUGAUUUAACAAAUGAUACCUUGAUUGUUUCUCCAGACUGGAAUCUAGAUCAUGAUCCAUCUAUGAGGUGUGUUUUCCCUUGUCAAGGAAAUGAAAGGCCAAGUCAAGGCCUUUCACUCUCUCUCAGUUCAUCUAAUCCUUGUACCAUAGGAUUACAGUCUUGUGAACUAAGACAACAAGAGGGAUUAAGGUUUAGUCCUUCAAGUUCCAGAGACAGGUUCUUGGAUCUUCAAAAUCAAGGUCACUUUCUGAUAAGGAACUCUAAGUACUUGAAUCUUGCCCAGGAGCUUCUCAAUGAGUUCUGUAAUCCUGGAAUGACGAUAACUGAUCACGAUCAUAAAUCAAAGCUGAAGAUUAAUCAUAAGGCCAGCGAUCAAUGGCAGGAUGAGAAUGUGAUAAAGAAGCAAUCUUUACACUUCAUGGACCUGCUGGAACUGCAGAAAAGAAAGACAAAGCUGAUUCAAAUGCUAGAAGAAGUGGAUAGAAGGUACAAGCACUAUUGUCAUCAAAUGAAGGGUGUGAUAUCGUCAUUUGAAGAAGUAGCUGGCGCUGAAGCGGCAGCAAUGUAUUCUGCCCUAGCUUCCAAAGCUAUGUCUAGGCAUUUUAGGUGCCUAAGAGAUGGAAUUAUAAACCAAAUCAAGGCCAUCAAGAAGGGAAUGGAGGACAAGAGCGCUGCUGAUGCACCAGGUACAAGGAGAGGAGACACACCAAGUCUCAGGAUUCUUGAUCAAACUCUAAGGCAACAGAAGGCGAUCCAACAGAUUAACUUGAUGGAAAGCCAUCCAUGGAGACCCCAGCGUGGCUUGCCAGAAAGAUCAGUUUCAGUUCUUCGGGCCUGGCUCUUCGAGCACUUCCUCAACCCGUAUCCAAGCGAUGUGUCUAAUUGGUUCAUCAAUGCAAGGGUGAGGCUAUGGAAACCCAUGGUGGAGGAAAUGUAUCUAGAGGAACUAAAGGAGCAAGAGGGCAUGGAAUUCUUGGAUGGUGCAGCUGCAGCCGCCGCCGAUAUUCUUGAUGAAAAUGGUGGCCAACAGAAUCAAAACCCUCCACCCGAGGCGGCGCAUUUGGAACUAGAUCAUAAGCCAAGCAGUUAUAGACUAGUUAGAACAGAUUCAGAGCCUCUUUCUCCAGCUGAGCACCGCAUCCACCACCACCACCAGCAUGGUUUUGAUAGAGUGACAGACUCUUAUGGUGGUUCCAUGCAAUUGGACUUCUCCGCAUAUAAUCAUAAUUCAGUCUCAUAUACUAGUGAAAAUACCGGUCAUGGUCAUGGUCAUGGUCAUGGUCGUGGUCAAGGUCGAGGCAGCCGCAGCAGUGGUGGUGGUGUAUCUUUGACACUGGGUUUACAGCACCAAGGUUCAAUUAAUGAUGGAGUGAAUUCAUUUUUCUACCCUAGAGACCACAUGGAAAAUUGCCCACAAGUUGAAUACUCACUACUGGACAGUGAAAACCAGAAUUUGCCUAGUCAGAAUUUGAUGGGAGCCGAAUUGCUACAUGAUCAUUUGACAUGGAUAAUGUCCAAAACAAAAGAAUGA